GGAGGUGUUUGAGCUUCUGAAAGUUUUUUUAAUACGCGAUUUAACUGCCACUUGCCCCCUUUACUCUCCUCGAACUUUCCAAAGUAGUUAUUAACAAGUUCGGUGACCACAAACUGAUCUAAAAGAAUUUCUGACAGUUGACAGCCAAGUUUAGCGCAGUUUCAAACAUGAGCAGACCAAAGAAAAAAACUCAUUCAAUAGACAAUAUUUUGGAAAGACCGUCCACUUCAAGACACAAAACUCCGAGUCCACCCCUGAGAAGGUACCAUAUGUGCCCGCCAAAAAAGGCUUACUGUCGAACGAAAGUUCCUCCACCUGACCCGCCGCCCUUGGAGGCGCCACCUGCCACCCGCAUAGAAGAUUUGACAGCCCCAGGCAGACCAUCGUAUUCAAGGGUUAUGCAUAGGGUAGACGAGCGACGAACUGGAAAAGAGAGAAGAAUAGAAAAUAGAUCCAAUCGACCGUUCGGAUUACCUCAGUUGAAAAAGAGAAAGAUUGAGAACGCGACUAAUAGCAUGGCCACAAUAGCAAAGAAUUUUCCAAAAAAUAUCGAUAUUGGCGAUGAGAAACGUAGAAAAAGAGUCGAGGAGUCGAAAUCUCUAAUACUGCCGCAGAAAAAACGUGUCAUACCAUCCAAUACGUCUGGUUGUCCACCGAAGAAAAACCAGAAAUUAUCCUCGGAUGAAGGUACAGCUGAUGAAACUCUCAUAAGAGAAACUGAAGCUGCCUUGAAAAAUUUAUCCGGUAGCUGGUCUGCGAAUAGAUAUAACCAAGAGGAGUCGCCAGCUUUUGAGAAUCUAUUCGACGAGAAAAAAUCCAACGCCAAACUAUCACCAUCGUCAGCUUCGAACAGUAGCAGUGACAAUGCUUGUUCACUAAAAGACGUUAUAACCCUAAGAGACCAACACGAAGAUUUACCAGAAGAUAAACCCAAAGGUAAACUGAUCAAAAUAAGGCAAGAGGACGACAAAGAUAGAAAGAAAUCUCAGUAUCAACCCCCUGAUUUCAAUGAACUCGUAGACGACUCUUCCAACGAGUUGGAGAUAGAUAUGUCUGAAUCCGCCGCUGAAAAAAACGAAAAAGACAAAAAACACCCCGAAGAACCCAAACCCAACAAAUACCCAACCGAAAACCCACCAUUUCACCCAUCAUACCCCCGCACCUCACCUUUCUCCACAACGUCGGCAUUUCGCCCCCCUCAGUCCACCAAAACCUUGACCAACCUGGGCCCAUAUCCGGCGGAAGCCACAUUCGUGGGCUACCCAUCCACCGAACCGCCAACCAAUACAGAAGACAAACCAAAAAACAUCCUACAGCUAAAACCGCCCGAACCGCAAGUCGAAGCGAGCGCCGUCAAAUCUCCAGAAGCUGCCAGUAAACAGUACACUAUCCUGCAACCGGCUCCUGCGGGAUCCAGAGCUGCGAACGCAUUGCAGGAGGUGGCACGCGAAGGGGUCCCGAUAGUCACGGCAGUUAAUAGCACUCCAACGACAGAAGGUUCGAAGAUGGUUCCGAUAACAACCGUUGCGGGAUCCCUGUCUCCAAACAGCAUUGGUAGAGAAGGAGGAAAAUGUCCCACACCAGGGUGCACCGGUCAAGGCCACGUCACGGGGCUAUAUUCUCAUCACAGAAGUCUUUCUGGAUGUCCGCGUAAAGACAAAGUUACGCCAGAAAGUUCUUGUCAAAACGACUUUUCUUCAACGUACGACGGAAAACGUUCACCAGCUCCUGAAGACGUUAAACCAAGCUACCUAGUGGGUUAUCCCAACAUACCCAAUCAAGAUUCAGAAAAAUCUCCCUACGACCAAUACUACAACAAGAAUAAGGAUUUAAUGAAAAUACCCAAAUCCGAAAUAAGUUCGAGCAGUUGUUGUAAUGUUUCCGAUCAAGGUUUAUUAGUACCAAAAACUGAGAUAACGUCUAGCUGUAGAUCGCCACCCAGCAACAUGAGGGGUGCAUAUGAACCCUACAUGAACCACGACUCGAAUUCUUCAUCUAUGUCAAGCAUGGAUACUAUAUCCAGAGGACCUCAGCAUCCAGUCCACCACUUAGAUUCUUUAGGUCCUCAACCGGGGUACACAAUGGAGCAUCAAAUGCCCCACAGAUCCCCCUACCAGCAAUCUCCAAUGUCUGAAGAAAUGUACCAUCGAUCGGAAAGAUCCUACACGGAUAUGGGAGAAUCCAUGGCCUCCAAUAUAGCCAGACCUGUGGUCACUUACUCCAACGAGAUUGUUAACAGAUCGUAUGACUCUUCGAUGGUAAACUCGUCGAGCCAUCGGCCAUACGACCCAGGCACUGGAGGAUUCGAAAGGUACGAUUCAAGUCAAUGCGUUUCUCUUCAACAACCGUUGGGUCCACCAAGGGUUCCUCCACAGGGUAUGUACGGUUACGGUUCUCUCGAAGAGCAGCAGGAGCAAAGGUACCAUCAGGAAGCGUCGGCUGCCCAGCACCACCAACUAUCCGUAGCCAAUGCAGUAGCGCAGGGAUUGAUGAAAAGCGAGGAGCAAGAGUCCACUGGCCCUCUGUACCCAAGGCCAAUGUAUCAAUACGACGCGGGCGGUGGACCGUUGCCUCUGGGAUUUUCGGCCAUCAACUUGUCGGUGAAAUGUGUGACUACCCAGGCCCAAAUGAAAGGCAGCGGGCCCCACACGUCCCCCGGGGGCAGCGUUAUUGAUCUGUCCACGUCCAGCGUCACCACCACCAGUCCCCAGGUGGCUUACACGUCGCCCCAUUACGGCGGCGGUCAAAGAGUGGGCGGCAGCCCGCAGGCGGCGCCCAGCCCCCAUCUUUCGGCCAGUCCCCAGGUGCCCAGUCCCCAAGGUCAAACGUUGGAUCUCAGCGUCAGCCGGCUUUCGCACAGCCGGCAAACGGAACCUGUCGAUUUCUCAAGCGCAAAUGAACCCGUUAAUUUCAGUGGCGUUCGAUCGGUCUCCACCUUCGCCACCGCACCAUCAUCCGGCCCGCCCCCGGUACUUGCACCUGCCGGCUCCGGCUACAGCAGAGAAUCCACGCCGGACAGCGGUGGAUCGCACUACAUGGACGCCUACAGAGACCCAGGUUACGGCCCCAUGAGCCCGCACCCCGGCUAUGGUAUGACGACAGUGGCCGGCGACUACGCCGGCAAUCCUUACGGCGCCCCUUACCCGGCCGGUGGUUAUUCUUGCGCCGGCGGUUACCCUGGAUCCGUCUCUACCGGCUACCCGGUACCGCCGGGCGGAUAUUCGCCGAGCGCUUGCUAUUCGAUGCCGCCGCCACAGCACUCUAUGGGUCCGCACGAUAAAUCACCGAAAGAUGGAAGUUUGAGCGGCUGUCCCCGAUCGGAUAGAUCCCAGAUUCAGGCCCAUUCCCAAGAGCUCAAGUGUCCCACUCCUGGUUGUGACGGAUCGGGACACGUGACGGGAAACUACUCGUCCCACCGAAGCCUUUCCGGCUGUCCCAGAGCCAACAAACCAAAGAGCAAACCCAGAGACGGUCAGGAUUCUGAACCUCUACGCGCUUCCGGGUGUCCCAUCGCGAACCGCAACAAAAUGCGGGUGCUGGAAAGUGGCGGUUCAGUUGAGCAACACAAGGCGGCGGUGGCAGCAGCCACUGCAAUGAAGUUCGAAGGUGUGAACUGUCCCACGCCUGGGUGCGACGGUACCGGGCACAUUAACGGGUCUUUUUUAACCCAUAGAUCCUUGAGCGGGUGUCCUGUAGCCGGGCAAACGGUCAAGAAAGCCAAAUACCCCGAAGAUAUGCCCUUCUACUCCAAAGGAUACACAGGUAUAGAGCAGGCUCCUGGUAACGGUGAGGAUUUGAUGACCUUGGAGGCUGAGAUUUCGGAGUUGCAGCGCGAAAAUGCCCGCGUCGAAUCUCAGAUGCUGAGGCUGAAGUCUGACAUCAACGCCAUGGAGACCCAUCUUACGCACGGGGAAAAGGAAACGCAGGCGAUCACGCAGCGCAGCAGCAACUUGAACGAGUACUACGAGAGUCUGCGCAACAACGUCAUCACGCUGCUCGAGCACGUGCGCCUCCCGGGCUCGGCGCCCCCCGAAAAGCUGGGCCAAGAAAACUUCGACAGCUACCUGAGCAAGCUGCAGACCCUCUGCACCCCCGAAGGCUACUGCAGCGACGAGAACCGGCCGCUCUACGAGACGGUCAAGUGCGCGUUGCAGGACUUUACAGUCCUGCCAACCCCCAUCUAAAGUCCAUUCAUUUACGCGCUCCGUCUGUCGAAUGAAUAGGCUUUAGACUUUUUUGAGGUUAUGUGAUGACGGUUUGACGUUUGGAACUGUCAACAGUAGGUAUUUCCGAUUACAGGUUUUUGUAUUAAGUGUAAAUGUCUACUAUUAAAAGUAUUAAAUUUGUACGUAAUUAUUAAAUUGUGAUCUAUUGUAUAUAGUUAAUAAAUGAGGUAAAAUUGUAUAAAUUUAAAAAGAAUAUUGUAUAUAGGACAACAUACCACUUACAUAUAUCUUUUCGUUGUUGGAUGAUUAUUUCAUUGACUUUAGCCGACUUCUUAUUGUUACUUAUUGCAUUUGGUUGAAGUGUACAAAGUUAUCUUUAGAGGAGUAUAUUUUAAUAAAUGGCUUCAAAAUUUUACCGUUUAAGUAAUUAGCAUAAUUUUUUAGAUACUGUGAUUAUGUAUACUUAGUAUUUAUAGGUAGUAUAUAGUGUAAAACAUACUCCGCAAUGUGCAAUGUACUUAAGAUAAUAAUUUAUUCACAAUGGUGUUCAAGCAUUUUUAAAUUUUGUUAUUCUGUUAUUUAUUACUAUUAUUAUUAUUAUUAUUAUUGAGGGUUUUCUCAAAUUACGUUUUCCCCUGAACGGUGUUUUUUACUGUGCUGUUUACUUACUAAAUAUUGUUGUAAAAGAUGUGUAAAUAUGCGAUACGUAACUAAUUCUCAGAUUCUCAUCAUUAAUUAUUUGUUCACGGCAAAUAUAUAUGUUAAAAAUACAUGUGUUGUUAUUAUAAAUAAAGUAUUUGAAAGG